GGUUCGUCGAUGGGCAACCGCCUUUCAAUGCUUAACGUUUCACAUUGUGACCAGCUAUCAAUAUCAAUUAUUGUGUUCAGUACUCAAUGGCGACCAACUUGAAACAUCCGAGCGAUGGGAUAUCGACCUCGAUGAAAAGUGACACAGAAAAGGGGAUUCCAGAACCGGCUUCCCAAGAACUUUCUGCCAUACAUGAGGAAUCGACAGAGAUCUUUGGACAACUUUCAAUAUGGCGCAAAAUGGCAAACUAUGGUGUCGAGCUUCGAGGAGUUCAACCAGUUCCUGUCGAAGAGAGGACAGAUACGAGAUACCUCAACGUUGGAACAUGGCUCGGCGCCUCUAUGAUGUGCUUACUUCCUCUCAAAUCAGGCAUUCUCGGCACGCUUAGCUACGGAAUGAACUUGCGAGAUACUUUCUUAGUCUGCUUCUUCUUCUCCUUUUUGACAGCAAUUCCACCUUGCUAUAUGAUCACAAUGUCUCCAAGGACUGGGAUGCGGCAGAUGAUACAAGCUCGUUAUUCGUUCGGAUAUUACCCCAACAUUGUCCCUGUAAUCCUGAACAUGUGCAGUAUCAUGGGCUUCACUAUGAUAUCGGCUGUUGUUGGGGGUCAAUGCCUAGUUGCAAUGAGCAACAACAGCAUUUCCACGAGUUCUGGUAUUGUUAUCAUAUCUCUCAUCUCUAUGGUGAUCACUAUGACUGGAUACAAGAUUAUGCAUCUCAUCUUGCGUUAUGCUUGGAUGCCUUCGCUCGUUGCAAUUAUAAUUUGCGUUGGAGUUGGGGGCAAGCAUCUGAAAGAUCAAGCACCAACUGAACCUCCUAAAGCCUCGACUAUCAUUAGCUUUGCAUCCUUGAUUGCAGGCUAUAUGCUACCCUUCGGAAGCACUCUCGGCGACUAUGCUGUUUAUAUGCCACCCAGUGCUCCAAGACUACGAUUGUUUUUAUAUGCAUGGCUCGGAAUUUGCAUCCCUAGUGUUGUUCUUAUGACCCUUGGUGCUGCUAUUGGUGCAACUGUCUUAGUCGUGCCAGAGUGGAGUGAUGCUUAUGAUCUGAACUCGAUCGGUGGUGUCAUGGACGCUAUGCUCCGGCCCGCUGGAGGCUUUGGAAGAUUCGUGACACUCAUCCUUGCUCUGUCUGUAAUCGCGAACACAGCUCCAUCUGUAUACUCCUUUUCGCUGAACUUUCAGAUUCUGAUCCCGGGUUUCCAUCGCAUCCCUCGAAUCGUUCAUGUCAUAGUCUCCACAGCCAUCUUGAUCGGAGUGGGAAUCGGAGCCGCAGAGAAAUUCACUGAGUCGCUAGAAGGAUUUCUUGGAGUCAUAUCAUACUGGGCCGCCGGAUUUGUGGGCAUCCAGCUCACAGAAUGGAUUGUCUUUCGCCAUAAAGACCCAGAGACUUAUGAUGCAUCCAUCUGGAACAAUAGCAAGCUGUUACCAUCUGGUAUCGCGGCUCUUGUUGCUCUUAUUGUCCCAUUCGUCAUUGUGAUCCCCUCUAUGGAUCAAAUUUGGUAUGUAGGACCAAUCGCCAAGACCACGGGAGACUUAGGCUUCGAGUUCGCAUUGGUUAUUACUCCAUUUAUCUACUAUCCGCUGCGCAAGUUGGAGAUUGGCAAGUUCAGAGGUGGGCGUCUCUGAGCCUCUAUACGUACACGAUACUCGAUCAAUGCUUGAAUAAUAGCAUUGUUAGAGAACAUAGAUCGAACUGUAUAUACUUGAUAAUUUUACUUUGUUGAGUACUUGACAUCUCCAUGCUCAGGUACUUAUGAUGACUCUGCUUGUGCACGGAAAGAAUUUAUCGAACUACUAAAGAAGGAAAACUCUGAGGUAUCCAAGUACAU